AUGGCUCCCAGUCUCACCACCCGUGCAAAUACUGACAGUGAUGAUAACAACCAAAUCUCGGGUGUCUAUAUCGGCGGCAUCGUCUUCGCCUGUGUCUUCGCUGUUGUUGCUAUCUCAUGGCUCGUUAUCCGUCACAUACGCAGUCGCAACCAGAAGAAGCGCGUCAGUGUACGCAACAGUGCCUUCCUGAACGUCAAGGGCGUCGUUUCCGAGAAGGAAGUUAAACCUUCAGACGCCACUGCGUUCACCAGAAAUAACAUCGGCAACGUCGUCAUGCCCACGACGGCCGAGGAAAUCCUUGCCUACCACCGCGCGAACGGAACCCUCACCCAUGCUUUCCAGAGCUCCAUCUCCAAGUCUAUCGACUCUACCUCGACCGCGCCCACACCUCCUGCGGCACCGCCCGCUGCUGUACCCUCUUCCAACUCGCGUCGUCCAGGCACAGGCCCUCGUCAACCUUCGCGCUUGAAUCCAGACGCGCCCUCGCGCACCUCCUUCAACCCGACCUUCACACUGAAUCAUGGAGGAGGCCAAAGCUCUCAGUCUUCCAUCGCCAUCUCCGACUACGCUUCGGCGCGCCCGAUGAGCACUAUCUCUUGGAUCCCGCCAUCACCUGGCGGUGCGGAGAGUCAGCGCGGAAGCAUGAUUGGCAGCUGGCGCCAUUCGCGCGCAAGCUCGCAUGGAAGCGGCCUGAGCGCGGGUGGACUGGGCGAGCGCACCAUCCGUCAGACCUUUGCGCCCGUGCUUCCCGACGAGCUACUCCUGUCCAUCGGCGAACGCGUCAACGUGGUGCAGACACUCGAUGACGGAUGGUGCGUCGUCGGUCGCGCUGGCGGUAUCAUUCGCGCGGAAGCGUUCGGGCAGAAAGCCGAGGAUGGCGUGGAGAUGGGUGUCGUGCCGGCUUGGGUCUUCAUCAAGCCCACCAAGGGUCUCCGCGCGGAGAGGCCUAUGCGUACGACUUCGCUCGGUAUAACUGUCGAGGUUCCUGCACCCAGCUUCGCUGGCCGCGAGCAAGUCAUGAGCUGGAGUAACUUCUAA